AUGAAGAUAUCUGUUGGCGACGUUGCUCUGCCAGGUGACUAUAGCGAUGAAAUAAUUACUGCCGGUGAAAAAAGUAAGGUUAUACUCGGGCCCGGUCUUCGUAAGGAGCUCGACAAAGUUUACACCACAAAGGCUGGAGUUCUUCGCAAACGAGCACCAAACACGUAUUGGAUCGAUAAUUACCAGAAGCGUUAUAUUCCCGCGAGAGGAGAGAAUGUGAUUGGAGUUGUAAUACAAAAAGCUGGAGACAUAUUUAGAGUUGACGUUGGCGGUAGUUGUCCAGCGUCAUUAUCGUAUCUAUCUUUCGAAGGCGCAACAAAAAAGAAUAGACCAGAAAUCCAAGUCGGCGACGUUGUUUACGCCAAAAUGUUAGUGGCAAGUAAAGAUAUGGAACCGGAGCUUGUCUGCGUUGACUCCCAUGGGAAAAAAGGACGUCUAGGUGUUCUUAAUGAUGGUUUCGUGUUCAAAUGCUCGUUAAAUCUUAUAAGAAAGGUUCUCAACCCAGCAUGUCCAUUAAUAGACUCGUUGAAAAACGAAUGGCCCUUUGAAUUGGCUGCUGGUAUGAACGGUAGGAUAUGGAUAAAGGCCAAUACGAUGAGGGAGACGAUAGCUGUAGGUAAUGCUAUAUUGGGAUGUGAAUACUUGAGCAAUGAUGAAAUUAAGAACAUGUGCACUAAUAUAGCUAGUUUAUUGGCAGGGCACGUAUCUUAAUAGAUUGAUGAUAUUUUUGUGGUUAACAUUUGUAAAAUAUAUCUAAUUGUGAAAUAAACUUAUUUUUUU